AUGCAUCUCUCCGCGACCACCCUCCUCGCCGUCCUCCCGGCCAUGGCCCUGGCUCAGGCCUCAGGCAGCGGUCAGACCACCCGCUACUGGGACUGCUGCAAGCCGAGCUGCGCCUGGCCGGGCAAGGGUUCCUCGACGCCGGUGGGGACGUGCGACAAGUCGGACAACCCGCUCAACGACGGCGGCGCGACCAAGUCGGGCUGCGACAGCGGCGGCGGCGCCUACAUGUGCUCCAGCAACAGCCCGUGGGCCGUCAACGACGACCUCGCGUACGGCUGGGCCGCCGUCAACAUCGCCGGCAGCUCCGAGUCGCAGUGGUGCUGCGCCUGCUACGAGCUGACCUUCACCAGCGGGCCCGUCUCGGGCAAGAAGAUGAUUGUGCAGGCGACCAACACGGGAGGCGACCUGGGGAACAACCACUUUGAUAUUGCCAUGCCCGGCGGUGGCGUCGGUCUUUUCAAUGCCUGCACGGAUCAGUACGGCGCGCCGCCAAACGGCUGGGGUGACCGGUACGGAGGCGUGCACUCGCGGUCCGACUGCGAUAGCUUCCCGGCCAAGCUCAAGGACGGCUGCUACUGGCGCUUCGACUGGUUCAAGGGUGCCGACAACCCGGCGGUCACCUUCAAGCAGGUGUCCUGCCCGUCCGAGAUCUCGUCCAAGAGCGGCUGCUCCAAGUAA